ACUAGUAGACUGAGUCCUGGGUUCCUGAUUCCUCUUCUGCUGAGACGGACCUCCAGGACUAGGACAAGAUGAAACCGGAUGGUGUUGACACGGCAGCAAUGGAGCCAAUGGAAGCAUUGAAUGCAGGUCCUGCGGUCGAGGUGAUGCCGGUGGGCGAAGCUCAGGACCAGGCUUUGCCUGCGUCGCAAACAGAAGGUGAACCGCAGCAAAAAGAGGCAACCAACAAGCCCGAAAAGGACAAGCCUGUGGAUCCCAAAGCUAAGACGAAGGUUACUGCCAAAACAAAGACAACCACCAUUGGAACCAAGGCAUCUACAACCACCUCUCGUCCCACCACUGGCCAAAGCCGCCUGACAAAUGGGGCACAGAAGUCGCAAGCUAAUGGCGUCACAAAAAAGACCACCACAGCAGGCCUGGAGAAGAAAGCCUCAACCACUGCUGCCACUAAAAAAACAGUUAGCUCUACUUCUGCACCACCAACCAAGGUGGCUGAGAAAAAGCCGGUGGGGAUGGCGAGACCUGCCAGUGCUCCAGCCAAUGGCGUGAAAACAACAGGGGCCGCACAGCCCAUAAAGAAAGCCACUGCUGCACCAGUCAAUGGUCUGAAGUCUAAACCAAAAGCUACAGCUCCAGCUCCAAGACCUGCCACUGCGUCCACCACUAAGACCAGCACCACUGGCUCUCCCAAACCUGAUAAGCCACCUGUCGCCAAGACUGCCAGGUCGGCUGGCUCUGCUCCUGCUGCCCGUUCUUCCCCUGCUGCCCCUAAGCCUGGGACACCGACAACUGCCAGCAAGACAUCUACAGCCGCAUCCCGGCCCACUACUGCAACACCCAAGACACCAUCUACUACCGCUAAACCUUCUCCUGCUAAAACCACAGCACCCUCUGCUGGACGCACUCCCACUCCUAAGACCACAACACCUGUCAAGAAAGAUGUCAGUAAGCAGCCAUCUAAUCCAGCGGCCAAGAAGACCACUUCUUCUCCACUUGCCAGGCCAGCACCAACCAAGACCACCAAGUCUGACACCCCUAAGUCAGCCUCCACUGUCAAGGCAGAAUCAGUCCCAAAAAAAACCACCACCCCUAGCAAGGUGGCAGACGUUAAGACUAGUAAACCCAAGGAGAGCAAAGCAACACCUUCCAAGGAGGUUAGCGCAAGCCCCAAGACCACAGGCAGCAAGCUCAGCACUAAGACAGGCAGCCCAAAGAAGUCAGUUGGCAGUAGCACACCAAUGGCAUUGAAGGGUGGACCAAAAGCUUCCCAGCCUGUGGAUGCAACAGCCACAGAGGGUGAGAAAAAGGAUGUGGUACCGGCUGUGGUUGCAGCCACUACUGUAGCUGCUGCUGUUGUUUCUGUGGUGACCUCUGAGGCAGCACCUGAAGACUCAGCUACAACUUUUGUUCCUGCUGCGACUGAAGAGGCACCUGAGGAAUCAUUAACCCAGGUCAAUCCUGCUGCCUCUGAAGUGAAAUUUGAAGCCCCAUUUACAACUCUUAUUCAUGCUUCCUCUGAGGACCCUAAAGAGGAUUAUAACAAAAUGGCCAAACCUGUCGCUGCCCCUACCACUACUGAAGAACCUGAAGACAAAGUUACACCUGUCAUUUCUGAUGUCACUGAGGAAACACCAGAAGAUUCUGUUACACCUGUCAGACCUGAAGAAAUACCUGAAGACACAACUAUGUCUGCCAUUCUACAAGAGGAAACUGUUUCCCAUGUAAUUUCUUCUGAAGAAACAACUGAAGAAGUAACUACACCUGUCAUUCCUCCUACCUCUUAUGAGCCACGAGAAGAAAUGGUUUCACCUGCCAUUCCUUCUGAAGAAACACCUGAAGACGUAACUAUACCUGUCAUCCCUCCUACCUCUUAUGAGGCACGAGAAGAAACUGUUUCACCCGUCAUUCCUUCUGAAGAAACACCUGAAGAUGGAACUACACCUGUCAUCCCUCCUACCUCUUAUGAGGCACGAGAAGAAACUGUUUCACCCGUCAUUCCUUCUGAAGAAACACCUGAAGAUGGAACUACACCUGUCAUCCCUCCUACCUCUUAUGAGGCACGAGAAGAAACUGUUUCACCCGUCAUUCCUUCUGAAGACACACCUGAAGAUGUAACUACACCCGUUAUCCCUCCUACCUGUUAUGAGGCACGAGAAGAAACUGUUUCACCCGUCAUUCCUUAUGAAGAAGUAACUACACCUGCCAUCCCUCCUACCUCUUAUGAGGCACGAGAAGAGACUCUGUCACCUGGCAUUCCUUCUGAAGAAAUACCUGAAGACUUAACUACAUCUGUCAUUCCUCCUACCUCUUAUGAGGCACGAGAAGAAACUGUUUCACCUGUAAUUUCUGUUGCUUUUGAAGAAACACCUGAAGAUGUAACUGCAGCUGUCAUUCCCCCUACCUCUUACGAGGCAGCUGAAGAAUCAUUUUCACCUGUCAUUUCUCCUGCCACUGAAGAAAUACCUGAAGAAACAACUGCAUCAUAUAUUCCCCCAACCUCUAACGAGGCACCUGUAGAAAACACUUCACCAGUAAUUUCUCCAGCCUUUGAAGAGGAACCUGAAGACACUGUUACACCUGUUGUUUCUCCUACUUCUGAUGAGGUGAAACUUGUCUAUCCCCAGGACGUCCCCCAGAGGAUGGACACUUAUAGAGAUGACAAUGCCAUGUCUCAGCUGGAGGCUGAUGUAGACUAUGUCAGUCUGGAGGAGCCAGUGCCUGCUGUUUCUCCCCUGGGAACGACAGUAUUGUCCCCACCAUCCUCUCCCACCAGACCACCAUCCAUGCCAGUCGAGCACCCAAGAUCAACCCUUCCUGAGCAUGCAGGGUCCAAUUGAACCAUGGGCAGAGACCUCUUCACUGUGCCCCAGUUCUGUGACCAUAGAGAAUGAGGAGCAGGAUGAAGCAAGACAGCAAGAUGAAGAAAGUGAGCAGGAUAAUGAAAACAAUCAGGAUGACAUACAGAUGCCCUCUGCAGCUGAGAAUUUGAUCAAAGACUUUGAUCUGAUGGGCUCCACUGGUGGGGAUCACAUCAAAAAUGCAGCUCCUGUCUCUCCCUUACAAG